AGAUGGUCUAUUCUACUUAAAACCCUAAAACCCCAACUCGCCACUCGCACUUCCACCUCCAAUCUUCUGAUUAUUGGUUAGUAAACAAACAUGAGACCUCCUAGGGGACGCGGCGGUUUUGGUGGCGGUGGCUUCAGGGGCGGCAGAGACGGAGGUGGUCGUGGCGGUAGAGGCGGAGGCCGCUUCGGUGGCGGCCGAUUCCCUCCUCGCGACGAAGGUCCCCCUGCUGAAGUUAUAGAGGUUUCAUCAUUUGUUCAUGCUUGUGAGGGAGAUGCUGUGACGAAGCUCACAAAUGAAAAAAUCCCAUACUUCAAUGCCCCAAUUUACCUUCAAAACAAGACACAGAUCGGUAAAGUUGAUGAAAUAUUUGGCCCCAUUAAUGAAUCUUAUUUUUCGAUUAAAAUGAUGGAAGGAAUUGUGGCCACCUCGUAUUCAGCUGGGGAGAAGUUCUACAUUGACCCGGCUAAGCUUUUACCACUUUCAAGAUUUCUUCAGCAGCCAAAAGGAGCUCAAGUUGGUGGUAGAGGGGGAGGACGUGGGGGAGGAAGAGGUGGUGGGAGAGGUGGUCGUGGAGGUGUUGGAGGCUUUCGUGGAAGGGGUGCUCCAAGGGGAAGAGGUGGCCCUCGGGGCGGUGGUCGUAGUGGAGGUUUCAGAGGUAGAUGGGGAUCAUAGAAUGAGUCUGCAUUUUCAUUGUGUCGUUUUCUUCUUUAAGCUGUCAAUCCAGGGCGCUUCCUAAUCGAACAGAACAAAGCAUGUUAUUAUGAUGGAUUUUUUUCUUAAAUGGAAUUUAGUUAUUAUCAGUUGAUCUUCUGUAAAAUUAACGUGGACUCAAUUUUCGAUUUUAUUGCACUGUCUUUAUGUAAAUUUGCUAAAUAGCUGCAUGCCCUAUGGCAAAUUCAUUGUGCUGAAAUAUGAUAUUUGAAGUUCUGCGAUAA